AUGGAAUCAGCUGCAGACUUCCCUCCGUUCCAGCAGCAGCUGACGUCGUCGCUGGUGCAGGUGACGCGCACUGUUGGACAGCUCUCCGCCGAAGAUCUCAACUUCCACCGUUCAUCAAGCGCGGAGGUCUCUGAGUCGCUUGACGAGCAGAGCGGUAGAAUUCUUUCCCUUACCUCAUCGAUUCUCAAAGCCGCGACCGCUGGUACCGAUUUGUCGACACCCACCCUGGAAGAUGAAGACUCUCUCGAGGAUAAUUGGCGCGGCGUCGUGGAUGUGAUUGAUGCGCUUUUGGAAAAGGCCGAUGCCUGUCUGGAUGAGUUUACGGGCGUGAUAAGGAGACUGAGCCCGUCUCAGCAGGAUCAGAAUGCCGCGAAAUCUACCAGGAAAGCGCCUUCGAAAUUCCCGACCAUCUACGACUAUGGGCCGUCGAAGAUCCCGAAACCCCAAUUGCAGUUCGAGCGCUUGGCCGAUAACACCGAUGUAUCCCCGUUCAAGCCUCUGUUGAAGACGAAGCCCCAUGCGAUGGUUCCCUUGGAGCAAUCUUUGAAGGUGGCCGACCCUGCCGCCGGCUAUCCGAACCCCUACGAGGCCGAGAUCCGCGCCGCGAAGUAUCCGGAUCCUACCUAUGUCGAGUCGCCUCCUGUCGAUUAUCUGCCCUUCGAGUCUACCACGGCGACCUUCGUGGAUACUGUAGAGGGCGUGAAGGAGAUGCUAGGCGAGCUUAAGGCGGCGAAGGAAAUCGCCAUCGAUCUGGAACAUCAUGACGUACAUUCGUAUCACGGACUUGUAUCUUUGAUGCAGAUCAGUACACGCGAAAAGGAUUGGGUGGUCGAUACGCUAAAGCCGUGGAGAGAGGAACUGCAGAUGCUGAAUGAGGUGUUUACGGACCCGAGCAUUCUCAAGGUUCUCCAUGGUUCGUCGAUGGAUAUCAUCUGGUUGCAGCGGGAUCUUGGGCUGUACAUUGUGGGAAUGUUCGACACCUACCAUGCAGCCUGUGCUCUCAACUACCCCAAGCGUAGUCUGAAGUACCUCUUGCAGAAGUUUGUCAACUUCGAAGCCGACAAGCGGUACCAGAUGGCCGAUUGGCGGAUUCGACCUCUCCCGUCUGGCAUGUUCGACUAUGCUCGCUCCGACACCCACUACCUUCUUCAUAUAUACGACCACCUGCGCAACGAGCUUAUCCGCAACUCCACGUCCAACAACAACCUUAUCGACUAUGUCCUGGAACGGUCAAAAACCGAAGCGCUCCAGCGAUACGAGCGUCCGGUCUAUGAUGCAGCCUUAGGUCAAGGGCCAGGAGGCUGGUAUGACUAUCUGUCUCGCAGUUCCGUCGUCGUCAGCAAGGAACAAUUCGCCGUCUUCAAGGCCGUGCAUCAAUGGCGUGACCAAGUCGCACGGGAGGAAGACGAGGGUGUGCAAUGCGUAUUCCCGAAGCAUGUUCUCUUCCGAGUCGCUCAGGUCAUGCCUCUUGACCUUGGGACAUUGUUCAGGACCCUGUCCCCCGUGACGACGAUUGCCAAAGAGCGAGCAUCUGAGCUUCUGGAAGUCAUUAAAGCGGCCAAGAUCGCCGGCGCAACCGGCCCAGAGUGGCGCGACGUAUAUGUGAAACCGACGAGGACGAACAACACUUUCACAGCCACUUCCGAACCGGCUGCUUCCACUCCAGCGGAGGAGGGACCUGUUCCCACUGCCGACCGUUAUGAGGUCUCCCAGUUCUGGGGUUCCGUGCUGAACGCCCAGGAGCAACCUGUUCACCCCGAAUAUUCUAUUGUCGCCUCGGCCGAGGCCCUUCGCCUGUCACUUCCGCUACCACCCAUGCCCAAGACCGUCUCCGAAGUCCAGGAGAAGCUGGCGCCCAACCCUGUGCCGUCGAAGCCGACGCCAGCUCCUGCCAAGGAGCCCGAGGAAAAGGAAGAGAAUAAGAUCUUCACCGUGAAGGAACUCGGCGGACCACGCAAACGCAAGGUCACCCCCGUUGAGGGUGCUAGCCAGGCACCAUCGUCCGAAGCGGAAGAGGGCAGCUCUUCCAUGGAGACGUCGGAGAAGCCGUCGAAGAAACAACGCCGCAAAGAGAAGAAGAGCAAGUCCGGGUCGCAGACUCCAAAAUCCGAAGAGCCCGAGCCGUUCAACUACGACGCCGCGGAUUCGGUUCUGCACGCGAAGCGCGCGCAGGGUACUGCUGCCCCGGCCAAACGAUUCAACCCGUAUGCGAAGGCGAUGGAGGCUCCGUCUGGCGUGCGCAAACAGAAACGCGAGACUGCUGGGAAAACCUUUACUUUCCGGUAG